AUGCAGCAGCCCAAAGUCUUCUACCCCCAGCAUGAGACCUACACCUCUCGCCCCGUAGAGCGACUGGACGGGCAGCAGCCCAGCCGAGCCUUCCCGGCAUUUGUCCUGCCCGAAAACCUUGCCUCUGUAGGAACGCCCAGUUUGUACCACCCACCUAGUCAAGAUCUUUGUGCAGCACCCCCAGCAGGCUUCCACAUGGCGCCCUGCGGCUGCUUCUUCGACCCCCGCAUCUACCGCAUCGAGUGGGCCACGGCCAACUUCGUCCAGCCCUCGGUGUACAAACUGUCCAGCGGGCCCAGCCCCCAAAACUCGUACCUCCUGGACAGCCAGAAGUAUCUCAAGGGCUCGGUGCAGCCCCUGCCCUACCCCCCGUACCAGCCCGUGGCCAGUAACCCCCCCUUUGCCAUGCCCUUCUUCAAGCCCGAGGGGUCCCCCGCCAAGCUGACCGACCACGUCGGCUUCGUGGCCAACCUGGCGCACGGGCACCCCUUCGUGGAGGUGCCCCAUCUCCCGGGAGAGAGCCUGAUGCCUGCGGAAGACCACAAACUGCUGGCUGUGGUCCCGAGUUCGAGUCUUACGGAGCAGCAGCAGCAGCAGCAACAGCAGCACAGCCAGGUGGGCCCUUACCUGCCUCUCAACCCCAGGCCCGCCCUGGCUUUCCCGGCCUUCAAGGGCUUCCCGGCAGAGGACGGGGACUUCAAGGGUAGCGAUGCCCCCCUGGGGAUGGGAGAGCCUUCCCUGAGCCCCGACAUCCUCCUUCAAGAGCCGGUUCCCUGCCGGGGGAUGGAACAGCUGGAGCCUUGCGUGAACCUGGAGGGGCUUCUCCUACGGGAGACCCCCUUAUUGGAGGAGCCGGGCGAGGCCUUUCAGCUGCUGGACCAGAUUCCCUUGGAGGAUGCCAUGAAGCUCUUUGACUGCUCGCCCAUCCAUUCCGACACCGAGGCCUCCCUGGACGAGCUGGGCGGAGGGCUCCAGGCUCCAGGGGGGACCGUCCGGGAGGGCUGCUGCUUCUCCAGCCAGGACUCGUCCAGCGACAUCCGGUCCCUCAACCUGCCGGACGAGCUGCUCUCCUUCGACUACAGCGUGCCGGAGAUCCUCAGCGCCGUCACCAGUUUGGAUUACCUCUACGAGGUGAACUCCUUCGGGGAGGAACACCCAUGGGGGAGCAGACUGGGCUCGCCACCGCCCCUGCCGAGGCUCCUGGGGUCUCCCGUGGGCGUGGAGGAGAAGAGGAGGAAUACGGCCCCCAGCGGCAGAGCCAGGAAGCCCGAACGGGCAUCCGUGCAGGGGGGCGACAGGGAGACUCCGGAGGCGAACUCUGCCCUGCUGGCCCUCUGA